GCAGCUUUGCCACCAGAAACUAAUCCACCAUUUCAGCUCUCCUGACUCUGAAUCAUGCUGGGAAAGAAGCUGGUGACUGCGCAGAAGCGAGGGGAGACGCGAGCCCUGUGCCUGGGCCUGGCCAUGGUCGCGUGCUCCAUGAUGAUGUACUUCUUCAUCGGCAUCACCAUCGUGCCCUCCUACACUAAGAGUGUUUGGACAACAGAAACUGUGUGCAAGUUGCUCAAAGCCACCAUCAAGGACAGAGACCACUGCUCACCCAGCGAAGACUCGGAGGACGAGGAGGUCUUUCACUACCCUUGUCUAGAGGUGUGGGUUAACCUGACAGCCUCAGGACAGGAGGUUAUGCUGUACAGCACUGAAGACACACUGGAAAGAAACUCUAAGUGUUUCUACAUCCCAGGCAACUCGGAGAAGCCCAAAGAGGUAAAAAAGCGAAUAGAAACCAUUGCAAACAACCUGAAAAGGUACCAGACUUUCCCGUGCUACUACGACCCAGGAGGAACGCAGACGAAGGCCAUUCUGAGCAGACUCUAUCCCCUCAAAGGCCUCCUCUUCGCCUUCCUCUGGCCCACGCUCUUGUUUACAGGGGGGUGCCUGAUUAUCGUCCUGGUAAAAAUCAGCCAGUACGUUUCUGUGCUGUCUGCUUGGCAAUACAAAAUAAAUAUCUAG